AUAACCUAACCUAAUUGGCUAAAAUGUCAAAUCAAAAAUCCAAACAAAUAACAAAUAGUUCUUUUAAAAAUUAACUGAAUAUAACAAAAAAAAAUGGAUGAAAGCAAAGGCACACCAGAGAGCGAUUUUAGUAUAGAAUGUUUCCAAAAUUAUUCUGCCCCCGAAGUCUUUAUUCAAGGCCUUGCAGGAAUAGUUGAUCAACAAGAUGUUGAACUGAUGAUUAGGGCCCAAAAACAAAUGUUGCAAAGAUUUGAGAAAACUAACGAAAUGCUUACAAACUGCAAUGCCUUAAGUGCUUCUAGGCUCAAAAGUGUGGGACCUGAAUUCAAAAAACAUUUUAAUCUUUUAUUAGAAACAAAAAAAGAUUUAGACUAUAUAUUUAAGAAAAUUAGGGUGAUCAAAACAAAGUUAUCAGCACAAUAUCCAGAAGCUUUUGAUGAAGCAGUGAGAAGUAGCUUUGCAGAAGAGUGUGAAGAGGAAGAAAACUCCGAAAAUAGUAAACGAAAGAAUGAAGAAAAUCGAAGAAGUUUACACAUAAAAAGUGAUGAUGUAGAAAAUGUUGAAUCUAGUAGGAGAGCUUCUAAAUAAAUAGUUUACUUAGUAUAUGUGUAAUACUUUCUAAUA